GUUACAAAGUGGGAUGAACCUGCAGAUUUGCUUCGUGAACGACAGUGGCAGCGACAAGGACAGCGAUGCCGACGACAGCAAGACAGAAACCAGCCUGGACACCCCGUUGUCGCCCAUGAGCAAGCAGAGCUCGUCCUACUCCGACAGAGACACGACGGAGGAAGAGUCGGAGUCCCUCGAUGACAUGGAUUUCCUCACCAGGCAAAAGAAACUCCAAGCUGAAGCCAAAAUGGCCUUGGCUAUGGCGAAGCCUAUGGCCAAAAUGCAGGUCGAGGUGGAAAAGCAGAACAGGAAGAAAUCGCCGGUAGCGGAUCUUCUGCCACAUAUGCCUCAUAUAAGUGAAUGCCUGAUGAAGAGAAGUUUAAAACCCACUGAUCUAAGAGACAUGACUAUCGGGCAGCUACAAGUGAUAGUCAAUGAUCUCCACUCACAGAUAGAAAGCUUGAACGAGGAGCUGGUACAGCUGCUGCUCAUUCGGGACGAGCUGCACACGGAGCAGGACGCGAUGCUGGUGGACAUCGAGGACCUGACCAGACAUGCCGAAAGUCAGCAGAAGCACAUGGCGGAGAAGAUGCCGGCAAAAUGA